CGCUCGGAGUGGCCAUGAUGGCGACUCUGUGGGGAAGCCUCCCGCGUCUUGGCUCCUUGCUCAGCCUGUCCUGCCUGGCGCUGGUGGUGCUGCUGCUGGUGCGGAAGGCCAACGCCACCAAGAAUUCGGAGGAUGUUCGGUGUAAAUGUAUUUGUCCUCCCUAUAAAGAUAUUCCUGGACAUAUUUAUAAUAGGAACAUAUCCCAAAAAGAUUGCUAUUGCCUUCAUGUUGUGGAGCUCAUGUCUGUGAGGGAGCCUGACAUAGAAGCAUACUGUCUGCGCUGUGAAUGCAAACAUGAGGAAAGAAGCUCUGUAACAAUCAAGGUUACCAUUAAAAUUUACCUGUCCAUUUUGGGUCUUCUACUUCUAUACAUGGUGUACCUUACUCUGGUUGAGCCCAUACUGAAGAGACGCCUAUUUGGACACUCACAAUUAAUACAGAGCGAUGACAAUGUUGGGGAUCACCAGCCAUUUGCAAAUGCCCACAAUGUGCUGGCCCACUCCCGCAGUCAAGCCAAUGUGCUGAACAAGGUAGAGUAUGUCCAGCAGCGCUGGAAGCUUCAAGUUCAAGAGCAGCGGAAGUCUGCCUUUGACCUCAUGUUGUCCUCAGCUAAUUGAGAAUCAAAUUCAAGGUAACUAGAAAGCAACAAUGCAGGCAACUGGAAAAAAACUGACUGAUUUUUCCUGGGCUUUGUUUUUAACACCCUGUUGAUUUCACCAACUCUUGCUGGAAAAUUCAAAACCCGAAACAGAAAUGUGCUUGGAAUUUUUUUUCUUGUUAACAUAUUAAUAGAGACAUUUUUUAAAGUACACACCAAGUCGCCAAUAAACCUUAUCCUAUUUGUG